GCACAUGUGAUGAUACAUAUUAUUGGUUGUAGGAAAUGGCGGACGAGGAGUUAACUGAUAUCAUGGUAGACAUGGAGUUUGGAGAACUGAUGAAAGACUGGAUAGAAGAUUGGUCAGAUGAUGAAAAUUCAGAUCGUCAAGAUCGGUCAGAGAAUGGGAACGAAUGGGACGAUCUUAAUAUCGAUGAGCUUAAUGAUGAUCAGGAAAACAACUCGGAGCUCUCGAAUGAAGAUUACAUUAGUCAGUUCAUUUCCGAAUGUCAUAAUGCGUACGACUAUUACGGUGAAUCCGACGCGGAGACAGGCCUUAACGACGAAUCAUUAGAAGCACCUGAUUCUGGGGAGUCCCAGUCGCCGGUCAUCAUGAGUGAGGUGACACAAGAUGAUGGGGCAAAGAAUGUCCAAGAUACUGCCAGUGUAGAUGAUAAGAGGGAUAUGUUCAUGCAGAUAAUGGAAAUGACCUUUACGUCUCACGAUGCUGCGUAUGAUUUCUACAACAGCUAUGCUAGAGAUAAUGGUUUCAGCAUUAGAAAGAAUAAGGUCAGGUAUAGCAAAACAGAGUCACGUCGUAUGCGUUAUAGGCGGUUUGUUUGUUCCAGACAAGGAAAACGUGACAGCAAGUUGCUAACCGAGGAAGGACACAGCCGUAGGCUCAGAGCCGAGACACGCUGCUUUUGUGAAGCGCACCUGACCGUCAAGCUUGACCAAAAGCAUGGGGUUUGGUAUGUUGAAAGUUUUGAGGACAAGAAUAGCCAUAUGUUAGCAGGACCGGACGACACUAGUAGGAAAAGGGCCUUUUACCCCGAUUUGUAA